UGUUAUUUCAUCAUAGAUAUUUCUACGGAUAAUCGCGAGACAGAUGAGUUUCGUCUUCUGAGAGACCUGUUUAAUCACUACGAUAAAGAAGCCAGGCCAGUUUACAACGUUUCCGAUGUUGUGAAUGUUGAAUUUAGUUUGAGUUUAAUACAAAUAAUCUCAGUGGUAAGUUGUUCCUUAAAAAAGCCUUUCCAAGCAUUCGUACCCUAAGGUUGUCUUGAAUUGAAGCAUGGUUAAUUAGAGCUAAAGGUUUAGGGUGAGGGGAAAGAAGUUACUUCUCCACUUGCAAAAAUUAUCAGAUUCAAGAUCAUAUUAAAAGCGAUAGCCAAAAAUAGUAAUAGUUAUGGAAUAUUAAGGGAACCUGGCGACUAUACUGAAAAAACAUGACCAAAUUAAUGGUCAAAAGAGUGGCCAUGUCAGUGAUAACAGAUGAGGAAAGAAUUAAAGUAAGCGGCUGUCGGUGAAGGACAUUCGGGUCUCUUCAAGGUGAUUCAAAUAGAUGCAAGUGGAGUUGAUCACUUAGAAACCAGCAAAUUCAAUUUGCAAGGUUUCUAAAUUUAAUGUCAACAAGAGCUUUGUGCUCACGCACUUGACCUCAUUUUGAAAGCGAGGGUUUUUGGCACUCGGAAAUAGCCUAUUACGCUGAGACUGAAAAAGCUAACCGCAGAUCAUCGAUAGCUCGCUCAUACUAGUGGCUAGUUUUAUAGACUCUAAUUCAAUUUUUCUGUAUUUUUUGUUCCCAGAACAGUAAGUCACAGCUUUUGACUCUUAACGUCUGGAUUCGCCAGGUAAGCCUGAUGCCGUCCACUGUCAAGGGCUAAUGCCCCUGAAACAGGCCCUGAUACAGCUUUGCGUUUAUAUGGACCAAGUACGGUCGAGUCCUUAAAAAAGCGAAUAAGGAACAAGACUAAGGUCCUGUCUUCUUCCCGGCCUGGUCCAUGAAGAACUUAAAAUUAUCAUAUGACCAAAAAAUUAUUUCUCGGGGGACCAAAUCGGGUAAUCCCGAAUGGGGAAAGUAGGCCCAUCUUGAAUAUACUACUUGGGUGGACAAUAAUCACUCACGGUUCACUUCUGCGUAGUCAGCCAUUACCAGUACUAUUUUAAGUUUAAAUUUACAGACUGACAAGGUUUCCCAGACGGUUUGAGGCGUUAUUCUCAAUGAUUAUAUCAGUAUUUUGAUGAUAGAGAUUUCCUAACUAAAACUAAAUGUUUAGUUAAACCUAACACGAGCGGUCUAUAAAAUCGGGCCUGAUUGUACUUAGUGCGUUCGCUUUAACAUUUGGGUCUUGGCAUACAUUUCCAAAUGGCGAUAGAUCAGGGUCCAAAUGGCGAUAGAAAAAAUUCUUUUUCAUUUGAACUUAUACCCAGGUAUACUUUAUACCUUUCAAAGUUUAUACCGAAUACCAUUUAAGCUGAACGUACCGUAUAUUUAAAAGCAACCGAGAGAAAACCCUGAUCUACCCUGAUAGAUUCUUUUGUUUGAACUUGAUGUAAAAAUAGUCACUGAAAAUUGAUGUUAAUUUUAUUUAUGCACUCCACAGAAAUGGAAGAAUCCAAUUUUGGGGUGGAACAAAACGCGUUACGGAGAAAUUAAAUCAGUGAAUGUGGAACCUACUAAAGUUUGGAUUCCUGAUGUCAUACUCUACAACAAGUGAGUGUUUAUCUGUAAUGUGUACUCACUUUAAUUUGCUCAUAUUUGCCUGUAUGGCGAGGGCUUUAUCGAUUUGGAAGCGGCUGCAAAAAAUAUGAAACAAACCAAUUACGCGCUGAUUACACAUCUCUUAUUUCUGUACUGUGCCAUUAAGUUGAAGAGAUUUUUUAAAAAUUUGACCCUAUCUCCUCUCGUAGCUCAUCCAGUAUCGUAACUGUUUCUUAGUGUUUUGUACUCGAGCAGUGCUUCUUCAGUAAGGAACUAACACACCUUUUGCACUAUUCUGGGCUCAGUUUAAGAAGUCUCUUGCUAGUGUAAUUUGAAGUGUAACCAUUAAAAACAAUAGGUACACUUGUAAAUUGCACUUGUAAAAGUUUUAUUGAUAGGGAAAGUCAGCACGAAUCACAUCCCCCCAACCCUUCGUCGCGAGAGGUCGUACGUUCUCCUUUCUGACAAUAAUACUUGGAAAAACAUUUUAAAAAGCUUUUUAUCUAUUUUACUAAUUAUGUUUUUUUGUUUGUUUACUACAGUGCGGAUGAUAGUUAUGGCGGUGGACUCGAGAAAUACAAGACAUCGGUCGUUUUGCACUCUAACGGGUACAACGAAUGGAAUGCACCAGCCUCCUUUACAAGCACCUGUAAGAUCAAUGUAGCAAAUUUUCCAUUCGAUAAGCAAAACUGCUCGUUAAAGUUCGGCUCAUGGACUUUCCAAGGUGACCGCUUAACAAUGACAUCGUCGGAGACAUCAGCAGAUCUCAACAUGUACAUGCAAAAUGGCGAGUGGAAUCUUCUUGCAAUGCCGUCCAAAUUAAACAAGGUGUAUUAUAACUGCUGCCCACAUCCAUAUUUCGACGUUACGUUGGACUUGAUUAUCCAGCGCAAGCCAUUAUAUUACGUAUUUAAUUUGAUCCUUCCGUGCGCACUGAUUUCCACACUGACGCUUAUACUAUUUUUUCUUCCGCCGGAAUCUGGAGAAAAAGUUGGUUUGGGGAUUACUGUUCUGUUGGCCAUGACUGUUUUUCUGUUGUUAGUUGCUGAAACACUUCCAGCAACUUCAGAUGACGUCCCAUUGUUGGGUCAAUAUUUUAUUGCAACCAUGUUUGUUACCGCAAUGUCACUAGUCAGCACUUGCACUAUAUUAAACUUUUACCACCGAAGUCCCUCGACUUCUCCAAUGCCUCGUUGGGUCCGUGUGAUCAUCCUUGGCUACAUGGCAAAGGUGUUGUGUUUCAAAAUGGAAACAGAGGAAGAAAUUAAAAUGACUCCUAAGAUCAGAAGAAGGAGAAUAGAAUUCAAUGUGGAUGGUGACAUAGGACUCGAUGACAACGAUUACAUGACUCUUCCCGAGAGCCCACGAAAAUUUCGCGACGACAUGUCGAUUAUUUCACAAAGCGGCCGAAGUACUCCGAGCAGACGAAGCUUUCGCAGCAUGAGUAUCGUAGGUGGUCAAAGUUCGUUCACUGAGCGGCUCCUUGAGGAUAUCAAUACCCUAGCAGAGGAUGUGCGUGCAAAACAAGAAGAUGAAAGGCAGAGGGAGGAAUGGCGGAUUGCCGCGCUUAUUUUGGAUCGAAUGUUUUUCUGGCUGUUCUUGAGCCUCACAGUUUUAACAACUUUUUUAAUAUUCUACAGAGAUUCCGUCAUGCAGUAA